CAAAAACGGUAUGAACUGAUGACAUCUGAUAAAAUUAAUAGCGUCAUCGAACAGAGCCUCUUUGAAGAAAGCCUUAUCAAUUUUGGGCAAGAUCAGAUAUGGAGUGAACACCCGCUUCAGAUUGAGCUGCUGAAGCUUUUGCAAAUAUUGAUUGUCUUGGAGCACCAUCUUGGACAGACACAUGAGGAACAGGAGAACCAGCCAGACCUAUCUAAGGAAUGGCAACGGGCUCUUAAUUUCCAGCAGGCUAUUAGUGCAAUGCAGUAUGUGCAUCCACACCCAAUAACUUCACAAGGAUUAUUUGUCUCCGCUGUAGUUAGAGGUUUGCAGCCAGAGUAUGGCUAUGGGAUGCAUCCAUCUUGGGUAGGUUUAGUCACGCAUUCUUUGCCAUACUUUGGGAAAUCUUUAGGCUGGACUGUGGCACCAUUUAUCAUACAGAUAUGUAAAAACCUGGAUGAACUUGUUAAACAGUAUGAAAAUGAAACUGUGAAGAUGUCUGUGAGCGUAACUUCUAAAAGGGAGAACAUUACACCAGAUUAUCCUCUGACACUUUUGGAAGGCUUAACAACCAUUGGUCAUUUUUGCCUUUUGGAUCAUCCUAAUCAAGCCAAAAAG